GGGGGUUGGGAUUCAGUGGGCUUUAAGGUCCCUUCCAACCUACGCCAUUUUGUGAUCUUUGAAUCCUCUCUCAUUUACAAGCACCCUGGUGUGUGAAUUUUAUGUUGUACUUCUGAAAAUGGAAUCUUACCUCAAACCGGGAAAUAAUGAGAUCAGACUUAACUUGAGCAAGUGGCUCUGAAUCUUAGUUGUUUUAGAUCCUUUUGAAAGCUUCUUGAAAAAUUAUACCACUUGAUGUGAAGCAAACAUGACAUUCACAUCUCCAGGUCAGAAUACAUGAAUUGAAAGAAAAGAAACCUCCCUCGUCUCGAUAAUGGACAAGAUGAAAUUCUUAUAAAAACCUGUAAAGAAUAGUUGAGCUCUAUAGCCAGAGUACUCCUCCACUCUGAUUUGUAGAAAAGAACAUCCAGAACCAGACGUAGUUUAUUUGUUAUUCCUUUUGAUGGUAUACUGUACCAUGAAUUUGUCCAGUCACUUCUUGAGUAUAAGUUUUUAAUAUCCAGGAAAACUCUGUGACAGGAAAAUUUUACUGCUUAAUUCUCAAUGUUUAAAGAGGAUAUAACUUGGUUUUGUUCAUUUUGAACUCUCAUCUUCAUUCAAUUCUCUGAUCUUGAAAAAACAAUAAUUAUAUGUUCCCUGACUCGGUUCUCCACAGUGAGGUAAUGUCUUACAGUUACAUUUCUAAACAGGGGUAACUAUCUUACAAUCUGUUGCUGUAUAGAGGAAGUCUCUCCCCCCUCCUUUCAUGCAUCACUUAAUAUUUUUUUUGCUGGUAGUUUCAUCUGUGUUUUUUCUUUCAUUCUAUUUAUUGUCUUGUAUUGUCUGACAAUAUCAGGAGUUGCUUGUUCUCCUUUGACUUACGUGAUUGCUUCAUGGAUCAGUAGAUAAUGGCGUCCAAGAACGUUCUAGUUUCACCUUCCAAUAUUAUAUUUACCGUAUUCAUAUAAGGAGGUUUUGUCUUUUCACAGCCUAUGAUACUCAUCAGCUUGUUACAGUCAGUGUUGCCGCCUUGAUCAGGAGGUCUUUUUUAUGUACCCUAUACUAGGAUUAUUUUGGAAACUUGUCCUGCUGUAGAAUUAAAGCUGAGUUUCCAAUCUGCAGGCAAGUCCACUGGAAAUCUACUCCAUUGUCUUUUCAGAGCACUUUUUAACCAAGUUUCCAUACAGAAGUCUGCCUGAAAAAUUUUAACGAUCGCAGAUAGCGCAGUACCUGAUCUUUCCUAUGUUGUGCACAGUGGUCAUUCAAAUUAAAAGGGUAUAUUGGAAAUAACUGUUCUGGAAACACACUCUGAAUUUAUUUUAUUUUUAUUCAAUUUUGUUAUUAUUUUAUUAUUUUUCAUUGUUUAAACUUCAAAUGUUUUAAAAUGAGUAUUGUCCUUACGUGAUUUUAAGUUAUUGACUACUAUGUAUGUGGAGAGUAAAUGACGCUGUAGAUGCUUUAUAUGUAACAGACCUAACCAACUAAAUUAUGUCUAGAGGAGUGAAAAGUAUAAAUUGCCUACCUAAUAUGUCAGUGUUUCUUUUCAUUUGAUGCUUUCUUUUUUUCUUUUUUUUAUCUCCCUAAAAUUUGCUUUCGUAAAGGUGGAGAAUGAUCCACACCUGAAAUUAAUGUAUACAGAGUGUCUGAGGCUGUGUGGAACCUGGCUAGCAGAAACAUGUUUGGAAAACCCUACCGUCAUCAUGCAGAAAUACUUGGAGAAGGCUGUGGAAAUUGCUGCAAGGCACCAUGGAGACAGCAGUGAUGAACUGAAGAAAGGAAAAACAAAGGCUUUCCUGUCUUUGGCUCGUUUCUCAGAUAAUCAGUACCAGCGAAUUGAGAACUACAUGAAAUCCUCAGAGUUUGAAAAUAAGCAGGCAUUACUGAAGAAGGCCAAGGAGGAGGUUGGCCUCCUGAGGGAGCGUAGAGUUCAGACAAACAGAUAUACAGUGAAGGUUCAGCGAGAGCUUGAGCUGGAUGAAUGUGCCAUACAUGCCCUAACUGAGGAUCGUCAGCGUUUCUUGUGUAAAGCAGUGGAGAACUACAUCAACUGUUUGCUAAGUGGAGAGGAACAUGAUAUGUGGAUCUUCCGACUCUGUUCCCUAUGGCUUGAAAAUUCUGGAGUUGAUAGAGUCAAUGAAAUGAUGAAGAAAAAUGCAGAGAAAAUCCCUUCUUACAAGUUUUUGCCUCUGAUGUACCAGCUGGCUGCUCGAAUGGGAACCAAGAUGAUGGGUGGUCUAGGAUUUCAUGAAGUUCUGAAUAAUCUAAUGUCUAGGAUUUCACUGGAUCACCCACAUCACACUUUGUUUAUAAUAUUGGCUUUGGCAAAUGCUAACAAAGAUGAACUCCUGACAAAAACAGAUGCAAAAAGAACAAAUAAGUUAAUUAAAAACGCACCAAAAGAAAUUUCACAGCUUGAUGUGGUAACUAUGAAAAAUUCUAUCAGUCAGUCUUGUAAUAAAUAAAUAUUCUAUCUCUGUUAUUUGUCUUAAGGGAGAUUUUAUUGUAGAGCUCAGCAGCUGACUUUUGUUAAGAAAAAUUGCGAGGAAAGAAGUAUAUUUUUAUGACAAAAAAACUUCCUUUGUACAUGAAUUGAUAAUUACUUUUGAAAUAGGUUAUUACCGAGGCUAAACAAAGCAAGGUUAACAUUUCCUGCAACAAAUACCCGUGUUAUUGCAUAGAAUUUGUGAUAAAUGUCCUUUAUUUGUUAUUCUUUAAGUAGGGACUUGAGUACGUCUGUUGCUGAAAGUAGAUACCAAAUGGAGUAUCUUUCUGCUUGAAAUGAUAACGUCUGUUCAGAGUGUUUAGCCUUAUGUAGCGUACUUUUGUUCCUUUAUGUGACAUUAAUGUUGACAGCCAUGAUGAUAUGUAAUACUGAACUGCAGCUUUGUACUUAUUUUGUGACUGUUUAAUUUUUGUUGGUUCGUGCCCAUGGAAUCAACACGUCUGGAUUAAUGCCCCUUCUCUCCCUCUUCACUAUAAUCUGGCAUGAUUGUUUGUCAUUACCCUCUUACCCCUCACCUGAUACAAAUUCGCACCACACUUGUAUGUGGCUUUUUUUGCCUUCCUCUCAGAUUUCUAUUUCUUACGUUAUCCCACCCUUAGGAGUUGGCUUAUUCUAAACUGAACUAAGUCUGACAGCUUUAGGUACAGA